UUCAGAUCAUCGUCCAUUACAACUGGAGAGACUCUGCGAACCCACCUUCUCUCCUGUUGAGCCAUAUAACCAUGAUGUUCAAGCCUUCGUCACCGCUAUUCUCGGGUCUUCUUUGGAAGAUCCCAUGGCGUAUCUCUCAGCCCCAGAAAGCCCGCCAAAGGAAGCGUCUUCGUGCCGUCGACCGAGUUGUAGACACCCUUAGUGCAGCUCUACUACGCAAUGGAGAAACAACCAAGGCAGUCGAGAGGUGGUACAGGGAAAUGCCUCGGGAGGAGGAAAUGCUACCAAAGGACAAAUACACCAUUUUCGAUAAGAAGGAGAAGACCUACCGAAAGGGUAUCCACAAGUUGCCGAAAUGGACCAGAGUCAGCCAGCGUGUCAACCCUCCAGGUUUCUAAACGCCAUCAGUCGCAAAAAUCUAGCUCGAUAUCUUCCUUGGCACCCUUACGCAGACAUCUGCAAGCACAAUUGCACUAUUACUGUACGAUACACCACUGCCUGUACAGGCGGUACUUGUUUUUAUAGCAGAGCACCAAGGUGAGAAGGAACAUAUGAUGGAUUCACGGAGUUCUUGGGAAUGGGGAGCGGCCCCUGAUUGUAUGAUUAUCUUUUAUUUCUUUACCAAG